AUGUUUUUUCUUUACCCAGUUUUUCUCCUUCUUAACUUAUGUCUCUUCUCGCAGAUGCAGACCUACGGCUUUGAGGAUCCGGAUUUUGUGCCCAAGGACGUGUACGCAGACUUCCAAAAAUCCUACGAGGUUGUUCUUAAACGUCGCUACGCUCGCUGGAAGUUGGUAAUCGACCAAGACAGUCUAGUGCGAGGCUUUCAGCUGAAACGAUUCUGCCGAAAGGGCGUGCCCGCAGAGUUCAGGAGCCAUGUCUGGAUGACCCUGUCGGGAGCCUACGAAGAGAUGCGACAAAACCCAACCGUCUACCAAGUCGCCUCUAAAGCCGAGCCCCCUAAGAAAAUCUUCACAGCCAUCAUGGCCGAUUUACCCAGAACAUUCCCAGAAAAUGCACACUUUUCCCAGGCACAAGGCAAAGGCGACAAGUUACAGGCUCUUCAACGCAUCCUCGUGGCUUUUGCUGUCACCUUUCCCAACAUUGGAUAUUGCCAGGGCCUCAACUAUGUCGCCGCAACCUUACUGCUGGCGUUGUCCGGUCCGUUGGAGGAGGUGGAGGAGAAGACCUUCUGGCUGCUCCACGCGCUCACACACAAAAUCGUGCCCAACUACUACGGCAACAGGAUGAUCGAUGUGCAGGUGGACUGCCUUGUUUUCGAAGAACUGCUCAGAAUGAAGGCCCCUCCCAUUUACAACACGCUCAAAAGUGCCAACGUCGACUGCAUUGUUCUCGCCACCAAGUGGUUCAUCUGCUUGUUCACCGACGUCGUCCCCAUCGAGACGGUGCUACGAAUAUUUGACUGUCUCUUCUACGAGGGCGACAAGAUCCUAUUCCGUGCUUGCAUCGCCUUAGCGAAGCUUCACACCAAGGAGAUCGUCGCCUGUCAGCAGUUUCCAGACGUUGUUCUCACCUUUCGCGACAUAACUCAAGACAAACAAACUCUCUACUGUCACGAAUUCCUCAAGGCAAUGUUUACCUUGCCGGGUUCCCUCUCGAAAGCCCGAAUCCGCAAACUUCGAGCCAAAUGUCUCACCCAGGUGAUGGCUACGAUGGACGAACUGGACGCUCGGGAGCGAGAAUACAAGGCGAAGGUCACUGCACAGCAAAAAGUCGACACCUCCAACACCGAGAACGUCGAUGAUGGGGAGUACGACUCAGACGACGAUGCGUCGAAGACGCCUCCUCAGGACGGAGAUGACGUUGAGUCCUCGUCGUCAGUGGAUAUUCGAAAGGCUUGUGUUAACAACAGUGACAGCUAA